AAUUUCCCAGGCGAAAGGGUGCGUAUUAUGAGUCACGCCGGAUGAGACGCAGCACUAAGAAUUUAGCACAAUCGCGUCCGAUCGAUCCACACCAAUUUGAACAGGCCUCUAUGUAAUUGCCAAACUAUGGUUCGGAGAAUAUGGUACGCUUUCGGUUGAUGGUUGUGCUCCUCCAUUUUUUGUGGCGUCGUCCUGUCAUUAUCAUGUAUGGGACUAAGAUCCAAGUUAGUAAGUAUACGAUUUUCAGCUUUUCAAAUCUUCGAUUCGUCUUGCAUGGCCUUUACUGCCACCAAAGCCAGCCGCGUAUGUUGAUGCCGGUUCGGUAAGUGGGGUGAUGGCAAAGGCUAGUGCUCCCAGGUAAAAACCUUUGUAGAAAACAACCCAGAACGUAUGUGACGAGUCCCCUUUUUGGAGACAGCCAUCGGGCCACAAUCACGUCCGAUGUGGAAUGUGUCUGCGACUGUUUACAAAUAUGCUAUCAUCUUCCACGUGUGUAUUUCGAAUUUUCUAUCCGAUUUUAUGCACAAAAAACAAAAUAAGCAUUUAUUGUUCCAGGUUGAAUCCAACCAAAUCUUUGAAAAUGUCAACUUCAAGCAGUGAAAGCAUGCCACUUGUUCCCUGGCCAGAAGUCUAUUGUUUUGGAGAUUCGCUGAUGCAGCGGGGGUACACUGAAGAUGGAGGUUGGGUGUGUCAGUUGUCAGACCAGCUCAUCAGGAGAUGUGACGUGAUAAACCGUGGGCUUUCCGGCUACAACACACGCUGGUGCCGCAUGGUCCUGCCGCGUCUCCUCAACAAAGACCUUGCGAAGAACAUCGUCUGUGCUACCAUCCUUCUUGGAGCCAAUGAUUCAGUCGUCAAGGACAUGAAUCCCACGCAACACGUUCCCAUAGCUGAAUACAGAGAGAACCUGAUCGAAAUCGUGAAAUUCUUUCAGUCUGUUGGUGUAGAGCGAGAAAAAAUCAUCCUGAUGGCACCACCACCCUGUGAUGAGGAGAAGUAUACUGAGUACUGUAAGGAAAACGAUCGCAAUAUGAGCAAGUCCCAGACUGAAACGAAACUGUAUGCUGAGACGUGUUGCAGUGUUGCAGAGGAAACUGGUGUCGAGGUUAUCGACCUCUUCACGCUCAUGAUGAAAGUUGAUGACUGGCCAAAGUUCAUGGGCGAUGGUCUUCACUUCUCUAAAAAAGGCUCCGAAUUUGUGUUCAAUAAGCUAUGGCCCUCUAUUGACCGUCGAACAAAACACCUGCCAUUCACACUGCCAGAUUACAAAGACAUUAACUAUACGAAUCCUGAGGAGAGUCUCGAGAACUGAUGCAAAGUUUCCAAAGUCACUUGAAUCGAUUGUGAUCUUAAGGCUUCGGAUGUCGUUUUCAAGAUCUCGGCUGACAGAAAUUCAGUUUGACAUCUUGUCGAUUGCUGCAGGGGGUGUGUUUGAGUAGAGUUGACUGUCAUGGUCCAUAUAUUUGUCUCUCUGAGGUAUCCUUACCUCAACUCCAGGACUAAUUGUCAGUAGCUUUUGGAACCUCAGAGCUCUGUAUUCAUAGUAAUGGACACUUUAGAACAAAUCUUGUUGCACGGGUUAACCAAAGGGCUUUCAUAUCUGUCGGUUUAUGGUUGUUAAUUUACACCAUGUAUGGAAAUAUAUUGUAGUUGUACUAUUAUGGAAAGUGUACUAUGGAAACACACUCCAAUCUUUUGAUAAAGCAUUUAUGAUAAAGGUAAAGAUGCAAUAUUCUAUGAUUUUAGCUAUUAAAGAUAA